GCUUUAUUUUUAUAAUUUUAUUUCGUCGGUGCGAUAUCUCGAAUUAUAUCUCUGUCUUGCUCUUUGCAAGGCGAUUGGCUGAUCUCGACAAAGGACGACACCUACAUGGGACGGUUUCGAGUUCCAAGUCGCGGCAUCGAGAUCGAGUUCGAUCCAUCAAAACAAACGAGCGUCAGUCGAAAAUUGGCGUUCUCUGAAUUCGCCCGCGCUACCGCCAAAUUCAGCCAAAUUACGGGAUCGUACAUAACGCGGAUACGAGUCGACUCUCGUUGUUUGUGAAGCAUAUCCAUGCGGAUCGCCGGUUUUCCGUGAUCACGAGUCCCUUCGGGAUAACGUGCAUCCUUACGCGAGUGCCAACGUGCGGCCGGGAGCCGCGGAUGAAAAUCCUGCGCAGUUUUCGUGUUUACUAAUAUACGUUUAGGUAUAUCCCUCUCCGUAAGGUACAUCUUUCUUUCGCUUGUUUUCUUUCCUUUCUCUCUAAAGAACUUAUACGUAUAUCAUGGAAAUAUUUCAUGUUACGUUCGUAAGGGCCUUCGCAGACAAAAUUCAGUAAGACGUAACGUAAGGGUUCGACCAAUCGCGUUGCUCGAAUCCUUACGUUACGGUUACGGACGGCCGAAUCGAGCAACGCGAUUGGUCGAAUCCUUACGUUACGUCUUAUGGAAUUUUGUCUGUGGAGGCCUUAACCUCGUGUAUAUUACAUUAAUUUAAUCGCUAAAUAAUCCAAAGGAGGGUUGAAGGCGAUCUCGUUUCAACCGGAACAAUUUAAAAAAAAAACAUUAAUUUAAUUAGAGUUGAAUUUAAAUUGUCGGUACCUUAACCCUUAAGGUAAUUCAAUAAAAUGCAUUAUUCUAAGAAAUCUUCAAGUAAGUCAUUAGUUUAUUUAACGGUUCAGCUAAUAAAGCUCCUUUUAUUGUGUGAACACAAAAUUCAUAUAAAAUAAAUUGCAGAUAAAAUAUAUUACCAUUCUAUGUCCUCUUAUUUGUAAUAAAAUCACAGGUCUGAGAGAAGAAAGAAGGAAAUUACAACGAAGUAUACCACUGUAAAUGUAAAUACGACAAAUUAAAAAAGGGUGAAGAGGACGAAUCUAGCGAUCCUUUCAACGGUGUUCAUUAAGUCGCGAUACAAGACGGAAGAAUGUCGGCGAAUAAAGAAGCGAUCAAGCUUCCGGGGAGAAACAAGUCCGUGGAUCUGACGAGGAAGAAACAAUUACCCAUGAUAAUUGCACCGGUCGCGAGUGAAACGCGCGUUCAAUCACGCUUUGACAGCCACACGCUGUCGUCUCUGAUGAAAAGGAAGGAACUCAUUUACCUGAAGAAGUUAUCAUCAACGUCGACGUCAUCGUCGAUGAGGUGCACAAGAGAUGCGCAGAAAAAAGCGGAAGCGAGCGUGGUUUCUAGCGGGCUAAGUGGAAUCUGCAAGAAGCGGAACAGCGUCACUAAGCAGAGCAAGAGCAUGCAGACGGUGAAGAUGAUUUUUCAGCGGGAAAAGGACCGGCGCGCGUCCGAUACGCAAGAUAACGCUCUAGCGAAAACGGUCUGCCAGCCGAAGCAACUUGUCGAUCUUUUUUCGUCGAUCCUUUUCCAGAACGAUUUGAUCAUAAACGUCUCUCGCAGUCUGAAAAAGUGUGCCGUGAGUCAAACUAAAAAUGUGGUGCCUCACGACGAACGAACGAACACGAUUGUCCAUCAACCUGAGAAGCGUGCGGAGAAUUCGCGCGUUCCUUCCCAGGAUGAGAUUAAACUUGAAGAAAAUUCACUCGUCCAGAGCAGUUCGGAGAGUACCUGGGACUGUUCUGAGAAUCAUUCAGUCGUAGACGUGACGCCCAAGAUCCAAUCGAACGAAGAGGAAGCUGCGAAGAUGGACUCUAAUUGCGAGAUUCAGGUUGUCCAUUGUGAAUUGAGCUCCGGGGAACCUACAGAGAAGUCCGAGGAGGAUCUUUUGUACGUGGAUCGUGCCGAGAUCGAGACCCGGGUGUAUCGACGAAGUCGUCGGUCGACGAACGCAAAUGUCGCGACCGCAAAUCCACGCAAGUCCACGCGAAAAACUUGGAUGAUCAAGAAAGCUAAUACUCAGAGGGAGCAUGUCGAUGGCGAUCACGCGUACCGUGCUGAUCCACGAGCUGCCACUAACUCAACUUCAUUCAGAAGAAAGGCCGAUAAUUCACGAGAAAAUACGAAAUCACUUGACGACCAAAUGACUCAGACGAAGAAUAGUCUUCAGAAAAAUUUCGUUCCCCUUUAUCAGCGAGUUUGGAGACCACCUGGCAUUAACAGAGCUUCUUCGACUGUGAAAAACACGUUUUCCACGCAAUCGACAUCGCAGAAGUCGUCCCGAUCUGCCGGAAAAUUCGUUUCGACGAGGAAUAAACAGACAUCGAAUGAAUGUAUCGAAUGUGAUAACGAAUCCACGAUGAAAUUAAUGUCCGCGAAUCGAUCCAAGAUGUUGAAGGAGAACAGAGAUCCUUGUGCGGAUUGUAUAUCGAGAAUCUGUAAUCAUUUCGUGGAAACUAAACAGCAGCAAAAAUGGCAGAGUGGGACGCUUUUACCGAAAAGAAGGCGAUCCGCGAACAAAAUGGUCUCACAGGCUUCAAAUAAAAGUAACGACGUCGAACCAUCGAGGUCGAACUCGAGAUCACGUUACUGGCAAACGCGUGCGAUCGCACCGGCCUUGAAGAAUCGAAAUGACACUGAUCAAUGCCGUACGGAAGCCACUCUGACCUAUAAUAAGAGAGCGAAACCUUCGGAGGUGAUCCACGCAUUAAAAGAGAUCAUCAAUUGCGUAAACGGAGACGAGAACGCUGUGAGUGUCUCUAACAAUGAUGCCUUCCAUCACGAAAAUGGCGAACGCGAAAUACUAAAUGAUACUUUUUCAAAACUGACACCGAAUGACGAACGACCAUAUUUUACAAGCGAUAACAACUUGGAUAGAAUCGCUCAGUCUGUAGAUUUCAGUCUCGAAUCUUCUUGGAAGUCGAUUACCACACAGACGGAAUCAAAUUUUCCUUUGUCUUCCGAGCUCGGUGAUGGAAAGAGAUUCGAUGAAAAUUCGAAGAAAACCGUCAAGUCAUUUCAAACGGUCGCAACGCAGGUGUCAUUACGUUAUGAGAAGAACGUCGUUGAAAUUGGAUGCAAUACCGUAUCGUGCGAUAUUAUUCGCAGGGAUGCAGAAAUCUCUUGUGCUCUGAUAGGCUCCGCAAACGUGGCAACGAACGGCGAUCCAACCGUGACUGAAGAUAAAUUGACGUCAGAAAAUAUUGAGGUCGUUGACGAUAAAUCUUUCGACGAAAAUCUUUGUACUGAAGAAGCUGAAGACACUGGAGAAGUAUUAAAUACAGAAAUAAGUCCAAAAUCAAGAGCUCACGUCAGUGUGGAGGAAGAAAAUAAUUUUAUUAAAAAGACGGAGGAAAUCGUGCGUAAAGAAGACACCGAUAAGCAGGAAUUCAAAGGAUGCAUCGACAAAUACGAUGCAGAUUAUGAUACGGUAGAAUUAUCGUUCGGUACAAUUACCGUUCCAAAAUAUUAUCCACCAUCAUUAUUUUACGACUUCGAUGCAUCUUCGUCGGAGGAAAUCGCAGAGAGCAUCGAAAACGACGCUAAAUACGAAGAGGAGACAGCGAGAUCGCCAAACUCGAAAAUGUCGCAUAUACCGAGCGACGUUAUCGCGGCUUUCGAGCUCGCGGCGGAACGCGCGCGCAAUCUUUAUAAAGCUAUCAUGAUAUACCAGGAAAACUUGAUGUCGAGGGAGUGCGAAAGACAGAACGAGGAAACGACAGAAAAUUAUAAAACACUGUAUCGUCCCACGGUCGAUGAGGAUCGCGUGAAGAAGUGUGCUCUUUUUCAAAGUGAAGCUGAAGACGAAAUGAAGUCCGAAUACGAGACCAAGUGCCACUUCGUGAUGGUUAACGACGAUUUUGACGGCUUGUCAACGUGUUCCUCCUCCAACCAGACGUGUUCUUCGACGUCUGAUCAAAUGUAUAAACUCGGAUGUAUAUCUGAUCUGAUGUAUCAAGCUGACCAUUCUGAAAUCGAGAGUUUAAGAAAAGACAAUGUUAUUUUUUCACAAAGCGACACAGCGAUAACGAAGUCCAUUCUGAACGAAGGUUUCGAUGUCGCGAACGUGAAAUCGUUGAUACUGGUGCCGCGCGUACAAGAGCACGCACUCGCGAUGGUGAAAUUCAACGAUAACCGGGAUGGCGAAAAUUUUAAGCUGGAAGAGUCGGCCAGUAUUUUAGCGUUUCCCAUGAUUGAAAGACCCUCGUUCAUCUCGCGCGAAAAUCUUUUUCCUUUUAUCUGCUGCGUCCUGUGCACCAUGAUAUUCUGGAGCUUGCAGUCCUCGUUUCGAUGCAACCCUUCCGCGUAAUUCUCCAGUACUUGGAAUUGUAUCCGAUUCCCGCAGC